UUGACAGUUCGGUUGUAAAAAAAGAAUAAAUUUCACAAGAUUAUUUGUGCUGUUUUUCCGCAAUUUCCAGGCUUUCCAAAAAGUUUCUCAGCAGUGAAAAUUGUGCAAAAAUGGGUGGAAAAACCAAGCAAGCCCAGAGGACGAAGAAUAACGUCAGGCCCUCAAGCAGUGGUCGCAGUGCGGAAUUCCUGGGAUCUGCCAUGCCCCCAUUUGUGGGAUUCACGGCUGUGGAGAACUGUGGAUUCGUCCCUGUAGUGCCGGGAUUUGUCACGAGUGAGGCUAUCAGUGAUGAGAUUGAUGCCAACGUGGAUGCCAACUAUCAGUUGAUUCUGCGAAAGAUGGCCAAGAAGGAUCCGAUAACAAAGACAAAAGCCCUGCAGGAGUUCUCAGAGCUUGUGGCAGCAUCCGAUGUGGAUCUUGUGAAGACAAUCCUUCCAUUCUGGCCACGUCUGUACAUUAAUCUCGCCACGGAUGUGGAGCACAAAGUCAGGGAGGCUGCUGAACAGGCUCAUGGGACACUUGUGGGCAAGGCGGGGAAGUUCAUCGCCCCAUACUUGCGGCAGUUGGCUCCUGUUUGGAUAACAAGUCAAUUUGAUGGGUAUGCACCAGCUGCCAGUCUCGCCACGGCAUCCUUUCAGCGAGCCUUCCCUCCGCAUAAACUCAAGGAAGUCUUCAACUUCUGCCAAGGCGAGAUACUGGACUACGUUACCAAGAUUCUUACCGUUCACACCGCAACUACUCUCAGCAAUUCAAAAUCCCACACGCCUGAUGAAUGUGAGGCAAAGUACCAGAGGACUGUAGCUUGCUGCCUCCAGGGGUAUGCGAUGUACUUACAAACUGUCUCCGAGGAGAACCUCAGUGAGGUGGCCAAUAAGAACACAAUGCUGAUUGAAAAUCAAAAAUUCUGGAGCUUCCACAAGCACAAAUCUCCAAAUAUUCGUUCAGCGUGGUACGAGGCCGUUGCAGCAGUUGUCCAGAAGAUCAAUGGGCUACUGGAGAAGCAGACACCACAGCUGGUGAAUGCAGUUUUCCAGAAUAUCGAUGAAAGUGAUCCCAUUGUGUUGCCUCACUUGUGGACAGCCGUACUCCUGGUGCAGGUAAACAUUCCCACGUGGAGUCAGCACGUCAAUUGGGAGAAGAUGCUCAUGCCGAAAUUGUGGAAAAUCCUCAAGGUGGGCUCAUCUGUGGUUUAUCCCCAAAUGCUGCCCUUCAUUUCAAAAAUUAACGCAGAAAUUCAAGGGAAUGAAGAGAAACUCCUGAAAUUCUAUACAAACUUCUUUGAUAGUCUCUCAGAGGGAUUAAGAAGUCGCUACGGAUCACUAUCCAAGUCCGAAAUGACUGCUAUUGUCUCCUGCUACUUUGAAUGCUUGCAGUAUGUUGUUAUUCAGCUACUGAAGGAGGAUCCCUUGAAGAAUUUCAAUAGAGAUCUUGCGGAAAAACUCCUGGAUAAACAUAUUUUGGGCACGAUCUCCUGGUGCAUGACUGAGGGCUUUAAAUGUGGGAAAUGUGUCUUCACCAAAGCUUCUGCAAUCCUCACGAGUUGGAAUCAAAGUAAAGCAGCAAAUUGUGAGUAUGAGGAAUUGGAGAAGAAAUUCUGGAUGCGAAUAUUCCCGGUGAUUGAGAGUAGUGUUGAAGGGAAGGAAUUGGAUAGCAAGACGGAAGCUCAUGUGGAUUUGUGUCAUUGUCUCAAAUACUCCAUAACACAUCGUAUUCCCAAAGGGAAUAAAGUUAAAUUCAUGGCUGAAGGGGAUGUAGCCUCCGUACAUCCGGAUAGUCCUCAAGUAGCGCCAGUUUAUGAAGAAGAUCUCAAGGAUUUAGUCCUGAAGAUUUGUUCGUUGUACCUGAAGAAGACUUUUGAACUGAGAAAUUCUGUCUUUAUUCCAAAACUCCAUCAUUUCUUCAGUGAAUUUGGGACUUUGCAGCUCUAUGAGAAGCUCACGGAACAUGGGGACUUGUCGGAAUUGCUUGGGAGCUUUGAGACAAUGCUGGGUGAUGGGAAAUUGAGGCAGGAGGCAGUUGUUGAUAUAAUUCUGAAGCUCUACGGAUUUUUCCCCGAGGAGAAACGAAAGGAGAUUCUCAAGAGCUUGAUUGAGAGUCCUCAAAGGAAUGUUUGCAAUUGGAUCAUAACUCGUAUUCUCAGUCAUCCACUUUGCACUGAACCGGGUAUAGGGGAAAUUCUUGCGCAGGAGAAAGUUCAGAAGCAUCUGGUGGAUCAGGCAGCUGCCGCGGCUAAGCCCACGAAUUGCAUGGAAAAUCUCGCAGAAGUAACGUCAAAAUUAAUUCUCUGCUCAGCUGAGAGUCUCCAAAAGGACGAAGAGAAGGCGGAAUUCAUUGAUAAGGUUGUGGACUCCCUACUGAAUGCCAAUGUAGGUGAAUAUAAAAGGAAUCAAGCCUUUGUAAAGCACCUUUCCCUGUAUUUGGAUGCACUUAAUCAAAAAUUAACCACAAAGAAUUUGGGAUCAGGGAAAGAAUUCCAGGAUGUUCCACAUGAUUCCACAUUGAGGAACUUCCUGCAAGUUUCUCUCUUCAAGAUGAGUGUGAUCUUCAAACUUUGUUGCAAUAUAAAACGACAGAAGAGUGCAAUGGUGGACGAUGAGGAGGCAGAAGAGGAGGAAUUUACGGAAGAUUACUGUGAUUUAGAAGCAAAUCUCCUGAAGAAUCCCUCCGAGGAGAUUCACUAUCAAAUUCUCGAUGGAAUUUUUGCCCUGGGAUGUGCUGAGACCCUUUUGCAGCAUGCAAAGGUUCUCGAUGAAGAGAUUGAGGAGAAAAUUCAUCAACUGGCAGCAACUGUUGAGCUCUUCCUGAAAAAUAUCGGUGAAACUUUGAGAAAUACAAUUAAAGAGAAAUUAUUUAAAUACGCCAAUGAGGAGGGUGGUGUGUGGGCAAAUUGUCUCACAGUACUGCAACACUGUGACCCAUAUCAGGGGGAGAAUGGUUCAGUUCUACUGUAUGAAGAUGCCUCCACAGCUGGUACGGAUACCGAAGGAAUAAUAAAUUACAUAAAUAUCGUGCAAGCUCUAACACCAAAAAUCCCACCCAAGUGUCUCCCAGUGGUGCCCAAUCUCUUUGAGAAUUUCAGCAAUCUCCUCAUUUGCGCCACAGCCAAUCGUUGUCUCAUCAUCAACAAUUUCAGUGGCACCUUCAAUGACAUGGAAGAUCGCCGAAUUCUUGGGAGUUCUCUGAAAAUCCUCACCAAUGCAGCAACAAAGAUCAAAUCAAAGGAUAUUCCAUCACAAGCUCUAACACCAAAAAUCCCACCCAAGUGUCUCCCAGUGGUGCCCAAUCUCUUUGAGAAUUUCAGCAAUCUCCUCAUUUGCGCCACAGCCAAUCGUUGUCUCAUCAUCAACAAUUUCAGUGGCACCUUCAAUGACAUGGAAGAUCGCCGAAUUCUUGGGAGUUCUCUGAAAAUCCUCACCAAUGCAGCAACAAAGAUCAAAUCAAAGGAUAUUCCAUCACUGUACAAUGUUGACGUGAGUGAGCUUGAGUGUGAAAGUGUAAUCUUCACGGCGGAACUUGCAAACUUCCUCGCGCAGCUCCUUGAGUGCUUUUCAAGUGAUUUCGAAGAUUCUCACUGGGAUUUUGUCCGGAUCGCCCUCAGUUCGUGGGUGUUGAGUGCAUCAAAGAGUGUUGGAAGCUACAGUGAUGCAAAAGUAGCUGUCUUCAUUGCUUCUGUCUACAAAUUAUUCAUGGCAAUGGAGAAAUUUGUGGUUUUGCAGAAGACAAAGAGUUCAACGGAGGCACUCACGAGGAUUGUUGAAGAAUGGGAGGAUGUUUUCGCCCGGGAUGUUCAUCAUGUUCUCUUGCGGGCCUAUGUGACCAUCGUUCAGGAUACAAAAGGCGACAACAAGUGGAAGAACUACCUGCUGGACAGCGUGAGUCCAUGCGUGGAAGUUUUGGAUAUGAAGUACAUCACUUUGGGGAAGAAGGUGGAUCUCAUUGAUUUCUGCCUCAUGUCGCUGUCGCAUGAGAAUCAUGCCGUCCGAAUGGCCGCAUCGACGAUUCUCUACAAAUUCACACCGUCCCUCAUUGCGGCGGACAUUGAGGUGCUCAGCAAGCGUACGGAUCAGGAGCAGCAGAAGGGUGAAAAUACCUGGCAUGCUCUCUGGGUGCACUUCCGGCCGUACAUUGAGCACCAAAAUGACACAAUUGCGGAGUACGUGCAGGAAUUUACAUUCAAACCGAGUGAAUUGAGUGAAUUGCCGGCAUUCCCGCGCGAUACGGCCAUCCCGUACCUCCUGCUGUGGGAUCUUGCUGUGAACAUCUGUCGACGUGCCCCAUCGGAAUUGCGUUCACUCUACGCCCAAUGGAUUGUUGAAUGUAAAUUUGAGCAUGUCAUCCUGCCCACACUCUUCCGCCUCAUGCCGGUGGAAGUGCUCAAGAAUUGGGACACAUCGAAGGUUUCCCGUGGGGAGGUGUUGUUCAGUGUUCUGGACAGGAGGCAGAUUGCGAAUCCUCAGGUCUCUGUGGGACGUCUAGCUUGCCAUGUGUACGCCCAAACAUUGCGCUACUUACCUGUGCUGGCACGCAAAUGGUGGCAGGAUUUAGCACCGAGGCAGAAGCUCCUUGUGGACAAAGUUACAACGGCCUACGUGUCGCCAAUGCUGUGUCAGGAGGAGCUGCGAGCGCUCACGGAGGAACGACGGCAGGAGAAUAUGGUCAUAAGCGUGCACACGAGUACACGUGAAGUUAUUGCAACGUAUUCCAUCGAUGAUGCUCGUCUAGAGCUCACUGUUACCCUACCGCCAAACUACCCAUUGGGUCCUGUGAAGGUGGACGGUAAUAAGCAAAUCGGUGGAAGGUUGCAAUCACGUGUGGUUGUGAUGCAACUCACAAUCUUCCUCACGCAUCAGAAUGGCACAAUAAAUGACGGCCUGUCGCUGUGGAAGAGGAACUUGGACAAGAAGUUUGAGGGUGUUGAAGAGUGCUACGUGUGCUACAGCGUCAUCCAUCAGGAUACGUGUCAAUUGCCCAAACUAACAUGCAAGACGUGUCGGAAAAAAUUCCACGGACCCUGCCUCUACAAGUGGUUCAGCACAAGCAACAAAUCCACCUGUCCCAUCUGCAGGAAUAUCUUCUAAAUGUGAAACUUUUAAUAAGGAAUAUCACUGUAUACUCUUCCUUCAUUUAUCCUUUAAGGGAUCUUCUCUACAAAGGGCCAAAUCGGUCAGCCCUCUUGGCAAGAAAGAUUUCUUUAAAAUUAUACCCUAGAACGAUGAAAAACUUUGUAACGGUCUUAUCACACUGCAGCUUUAAGCAUUUUUAUGCUGAACAUUCGCUCUUAUUUUAAGUGUUUGAACUUGUAAUGUGAUAACACCACAAGGUUUUAAGCUUUUUGCACAAUUAUGAUUGAUUUUGUUUUCUUCUUUUUUUGAGUUUUAUGCGUGGCAGUGUCUCGGAUAGUCUUAAAAGAAAUUUACAACUAAAGUAUACCUAAAAUAAAAUGCUGGAUUCUUAAAAGAAAA